GUUGUCACGAAAUUAACCUCAUAUCCUCCUUUCUUUAAAGCUAACGCAGCAUCUAUUACUAAUCUUUCUGCUCCUCCAAUACCAAGAUCCGGAUGAAGAAAUGUAAUUCGUGUCAUUUUUUAUUAAUUUAACGACAUCAAUAACGACAAUUAUUAACAAUGAAUUAAAAUGUUACGAAUUACAAUAUCACGAUCUACGAUAUCACUGGUCAAUAGCGUAGUAAAUUGAUCAAAGUGAAUUUAUGGAUAUUAUGAUGGAUUUUACAAUUUAAACAACUUUUCUUAUUAUAAACAUAUUUAUAAAUAAUUAUCACAAUGAAUUUUGGAAUUAAUUGGGAAGAAGAACAUAGACAAACAUUAUUAGAAGGAAAUGCAAUAUUAGAACGAUCUUCACAAUCUAUUAGCAGAUCUCAAGCAAUUGCAAUUGAAAGUGAACAAAUAGGAACUGAGGUAAUUUCUGAAUUAAGUAGACAAGGAGAACAAUUAUUACGAACAGAAAGAAGAUUAUCACAAACAGAUGAAGAAUUAGAUAAAACAAGAAGAAUAUUAAAUAUUAUGAGACGUAGAGUUUUAUUAAAUAAAUUUGUAUUAAUCUUAAUUAUAUUAUUAGAAAUAGCCAUACUUGGUAUUAUUAUAUAUAAAAAAUAUAUAAAAAUAUUGUAAAUAUAUAUAUGUAAAAAUUAUAUUUUAUAUACAGUAUAAAUAUUCUAUAAA